AUGUUAACAGAGGGAAAACUGGAGGCAUCCAGGGCUGGCCAGAGGCUGCACAUCAUUGAGCCGGGGAUGAUGUUCGAAGAACAGGCCCUCAUUCAUAACCACACCUGCUCCAGUACUGUCACAGCUCUGGUCAACAGCAGGCUGUGGGUGAUGGAGGGUCAGGUGUUUCAGAGGAUCAUGCAGAGGAAUGGACUCGCCGCUAUCACACAGUCUUUGCACUUCCUGCGCAGUGUGGCACUGCUCUGUGAGUUUCCAGAGGAUGUUCUCAUGAAAGUGUCAGAUGCACUGGAGGAGUCUCAAUACAGUAAUGGUGAUUAUAUAAUUCAAAAUGGAAAUCCAGGAGACAAAAUCUUCAUUCUGAGUCAAGGCCAGGUGAAAGUAUUAGAGAAACACUCAGCCAGUGAGGAGAGUAUAAUGGCGUCUGUCCUCACCAGAGGGGAUUGUUUUGUAGAGAGAGGAGAUGACGAGAGGACAAUGAGUGCACUUGCCGCAGGCGAUGUGACAUGUUUGGUCAUAGACAGAGAGGUUUUCAAAAAAGUAACUGGAGGCUUGGACGAUGCCAGAGAAAAUCCUACCAACAAGGCCAGAUUGAAGGCAGAUGAAGAUGGGUCUGCGUUUGGUGAAACGUCUCUCUGCAGUUUUCAGGUGCUGUGUAAUCUGGAGGAAGGACAGUACGGUCACACUCAGCUCGUCCAUUUGAAGAGUGACUCCAGCUGUAAGUUUGCAUUGAAGACCAUAAGAAAACAGGUGAUACAGAGCCCAGGCCAAAGAGAGAGGAUACGUGCAGAGAAACACAUCCUGAUGGAUCUCCAAAGUCCAUUUAUAGUAAGGUUGCAUUGCACGUAUAAAGAUGAUCGGUGCCUGUAUAUGCUGAUGGAGGCUUGUGAAGGUGGAGAUCUGUGGAAUUUACUGAGAGAGAGGGGGCCACUGGAAGACGACGCUGUUCGCUUCUACGCAGCGUCUGUGCUGGAAGCUCUUCAUGUACUUCACACCAAAGACAUUGUUCACAGAGACCUGAAACCUGAAAAUGUGCUACUGGACCAGCGAGGAUAUGCUAAACUGACAGGGUUUGGUUGUGCUAAGAAGCUGGGCUCUUUGCACAGAGCUUGGUCAUUCUGUGGAUCUGUGGGUUAUCAGCCUCCAGAGGUCAUUCUGCAUCAAGGUCACGGUCUGUCUGCAGAUCUCUGGGCUCUAGGGAUGUUGCUGUAUGAACUGCUCAAUGGCAGCCCCCUGUUCUCUGGCUCUGAGCAGCUGAAGGUUUAUACAGCAGUUCUGAAGGGAAUAGAUGAGCUAGAGUUCCCCAAAACAAUCAGCAGGACUGCAGCACAUCUCAUCAAGAGCCUCUGCAGGCUGAACCCCUCAGAGAGGCUGGGCCAGAGGAGCGGGGUCAAGGACAUCUGCAAACACGUGUGGUUUGAAGGCUUCGACUGGGAAGGACUUCAGAAGGACACAAUGACUCCACCAGUAAUACCAAACGUUCCUUGUGUCUCUGAUCACGGAAGAUCAUCACUCCUGCCAGAAACCCACAUUGAAGCAGCACCAUUGGAUGAUUCUGGCUGGGAUGUAGACUUUUGAUU